AUGCUCAUUGCUUCGUACGUUGUCGACUGGGCCAUCCUAAUCAUCUUCGCAGGCGUAGGUUACGCGGUGGGCAACAUCACCCCAAACCGACGCCCAAUCAAUCUCCAAGAACCAAAUAUCGGCCUCCCCUACCUCGGCCAUGAUACCAUUUCACUAGCCGUGCUCUUUGUUGUCUCCCUUAUCGCCCCGGCCGUCAUCAUCUUCAUCAUUUCCAUGCUGGUUGUACCAGGACUGACUGCAACAGCCGGAAUCCCUCGAGCGCACAUAUGGAGACGCAGGCUGUGGGAGUGGCACGUUGGAUGGCUCGGUCUGGCACUGUCUCUCGUCAUAGCCUGGUUCUUUACCAGCGGCAUGAAAAACCUGUUUGGCAAGCCGCGGCCCAAUUUUCUCGAACGCUGCCAGCCAGACUAUGCCCAUGCAGCUCAGUACAUUGUCGGCAAGAUGGCAGAUGCGCCAAAUAAUGGCCAGCUGGUGUAUCCCGGUAUUUGCACCAACUCGGAUAAGAGUGUCGUCGAUGAAGGCUUCCGCAGUUUUCCAUCGGGCCACUCCUCAGUCUCUGCUGCGGGAUUAGUCUACCUUUGCUUAAUACUGGCCGCUAAGCUACGCUCCUGUACCUUCAGCCUGUCUCUAAGUACGGACAGCAAUGAUGACGCAUCUCAAACGGCGUUUCCGUCACGAUUCAGUUCUGGCAUAGAUGUCCAAUCCAGUUCUCCUGCCACCGAGACGAACGACGAGGCCAAUGUCGCAGCUAGACAGAAAACAAGUGGCAAUUCUGGCUUUUCCAUUCGGCGCCAAGCUGCUGCUGCUCCACUCUAUGCCUUAUUCAUCGUGCUUAUCCCUCUUGGCACGGCAGUAUUCAUCUCCUCUUCGAGAUGGUCCGACUUUCAACAUCACGGCUUCGACAUCAUCUUUGGUUUCUUAAUUGGCACCAUAUCAUCUAUUCUAGGCUUCCGGCAAUAUCACCUUCCCGUGAGACGAGGCGCCGGCUGGGCGUGGGGACCGCGCAACAAGGACAAGGCAUUUUGGACUGGCAUUGGCAAUGGAGGGUUCUCAGCACCCAAGAAGGUAUACCACCAGCGCAGAACAAGUGUAGCAUCUGUGCACGACAUGCAAGACAAUUUUCAUAACGGUGGAAUCAAUCAUCAAGAUAGUACUGUAUGA